AUGGCCAUCUCUUCGGGCCUCGCCCUUUUGCUGGCUGCCAGCGCCGCCCUGCAACCCGUUGCUGCCAGACCAUCCAUCGACGACGCCUUUGUCGCCAUCUCGAACUCAGAUUUCUCUCCUCGAUCUGUGUCAAAACGAGGCACUCCCCAAGCCCCCGACGGUUAUGUUCCCGCCGAAGUCGAUUGCCCGAGCACGCGCCCGACCAUUCGAAAUGGCUCCUCCAUCUCGAGUAUGGAGCGCGACUGGCUUCCCAAGCGCCGAAACGAGACCAUCUCCCCUAUUCGAGAUCUCUUGAAACGAAUUGCGAUUCCCGGUUUCAACAGUGAAGAAUAUCUCAAGGAUGUCGAGAAAAAUGCAACAGCUCUGCCAAAUAUUGGUCUCGCUGUCUCUGGCGGUGGUUAUCGUGCCAUGUUGUGUGGUGCUGGUGCAUUGGCGGCUUGGGAUAUUCGCUCCGACGGUAGCGACAAAAAUGGAAACCUCGGUGGUCUUUUGCAAAGUGCGACAUAUCUCUCAGGUCUUUCCGGUGGUGGAUGGCUCGUCGGCAGUUUGAUGAUGAACAACUUUACUUCUGUGCAGGACAGCGUGCAAUAUCCUGGUCUCUGGCAGUUGGAGAAGUCAAUUCUGGAGGGUCCCGAGCGAUACUCGCUGGUUCAAUACUACAACACCAUCUUCGACUCCAUAUCAGAUAAGAAGGAUGCCGGCUACGAACGAUCCCUCACUGAUUACUGGGGCCGCAUGCUCUCGUACCAACUCAUCAACGCAACAGAUGGUGGUCCUUCAUACACCUGGUCUUCCAUCGCUGAUGAUCCCGACUUCGCUGAGGGCAAGGCCCCUAUGCCUCUCAUUGUCGCUGACGGUCGUGCGCCCAACGAGAAGAUCAUCUCACUCAACGCGACCAAUUUCGAGUUUACUCCCUGGGAGCUUGGCUCCUACGACCCCGUCCUUGAGGGUUUCGUUCCUCUCAAGUACGUUGGUUCCGAGUUCGACAAGGGAAAGCUGCCCAAGGACAAGUCAUGUAUUGCUGGCUUCGAUAACGCCGGUUUCGUCAUGGGAACUUCCAGCAGUCUUUUCAACCAGAUUGUUCUGUACUUGAACGAGGACGACAACAACUACGUCCCUGACGGUGUUCCCAAGAUUGCCAUCGAAGCUGUAACUGCUGUUUUCGACGCUCUUGGUGAUGAGAACAACGAUAUCGCUGACUGGACCCCUAACCCCUUCUACGGCUGGAACCCCGAUGAGAACCUGAGCGCCAAAUCUGAGCGCCUCACUCUUGUCGAUGGUGGUGAGGAUCUUCAGAACAUCCCUUACUACCCUCAUCUCCGAAAGGACCGUGAGGUUGACGUUGUCUUUUCCUUCGAUUCCUCAGCCGACACUGAAUUCAGUUGGCCCGAUGGUGCAUCUCCCAUUGCUACCUACGAGCGCUCUCUUACCGACAUCUCCAAGGGCUCAUCAUUCCCUCCCGUCCCCGACAAGAACACCUUCCUGAACCUGGGCCUCAACACCCGCCCAACCUUUUUCGGCUGCAACGCCACCAACAUGACCGAGCCUACUCCUCUCAUCGUCUACAUUCCCAACUACCCAUACGUCUACGCCUCCAACAUCUCCACCUUCCAAAUGACCGUCAACUCCUCCGAGCUCUCCGCCAUUAUUGAAAACGGCUACGCUGUCGCUACCAUGCUUAACGGCACCCGCGACGAGAACUGGCCCGUCUGUGUUGGUUGCGCCAUGCUCGCCCGCAGCUUCGACCGCACAAACCACACCGUGCCCAAAAAGUGCCAGGAGUGCUUCACAAACUACUGCUGGAAUGGCACCAUCGACAGUAGUGACCCCGGUGUCUACGACCCUAAGUUCAUCGGCGACGAGAUUCAAAUUGAGAGUUCUGCGACAAAGAUGGCCAGCAGCGCCUUCGUCGCUGUUGCAGCCUUUGCAGGAUUCAUCCUCGCCAUUUAA